CCUGGGGUUGUACAACGUGUCCAUCACCGAGGAAUCACACCAAUAUAAUUCGAUUCUUAUUUUCCCCACGAAAUGGGUAUGGAGGAUGUUGGACUUGUGGCAAAGAGAGGCUGAGUAUUACGCAUGGUGCCCGUGGACCUGCCCUGAACCAGUGACCACCGAUCCACCGUUAUCCACCUCAACGUCGAUGAUCUGGUCCUCAUAACAUUUUCUCCCUCUCUCUGCCCUGCACAAUGAAUCUAUCAAGAAGUCGGCGGUAUUUCUGCAAAUUUCAAAGAAGCGCUUCAGGAUACGAAGAUAGACUCUAAUGGAGCAGUGGGAGCGAGAGGCCUGGUGACUGAACUGUAUCAUAUUUGCGUCAGUGUUCGUCAGUGUUCGGGUUUUUCGGGUACCUGUGCAGCUGUUCUGCUCUUCUCAUCCCUUCUCAUCCAUCUUCUAUUGUAAUUAUUGACGAGUUAAUUGCUUGUUUGGUUCAGCCCUACGAUACCGGAAUCUUUUCGGCUAACAUACCCUAACGCGGUUAGCUGGACUUUCACUUGACAAAUCGAUCGCUUGUCUUCAUCCGUCCUUCAUUCCCCAUAACGCGCGGAGCUAGCCUCGGCUUAACACUUGCACCCCGACCACCAUGUUCGAAAGCGACCCACCCUCAGGAGUCACCUUUCAGCAUCAAGACAAGCUCCCCAAGUUACCAAUUCCUUCCUUAGAAGACACAUGUAAACGUUAUCUCAAAGCGCUUGAAGGUCUUCAAGAUGAGGAGGAACAUAUGAGGACCCAGCUCGCCGUUCAGGACUUCCUGGAGAAAGACGGACCGAUACUGCAGCAAAAACUGAAGGAGUAUGCUAAGGACAAAUCUAGUUACAUCGAAGAGUUUUGGUACGAGUCGUACCUAUCUCAUAGCGAUCCUGUCGUGCUGGCUCUCAAUCCCUACUUCGUUCUGGAAAACGACCCGACCCCGGAUAGAGGUUCUCAACUACCAAGAGCAGCGUCAUUAAUUGUCUCGUCACUCGGCUUCAUUCAUGAUCUACGGGCUGGCAUACUGCAACCAGACACCAUUCGUGGCCUUCCGCUCGACAUGGACCAAUAUACCCGGUUGUUCGGUACUGCAAGAAUUCCGACGAAGAAAGGAUGCAGAAUGGAGGUAGCAAAUUCUCACCACAUUGUCGUGUUACGCCGGGGACAGUUUUAUUGGUUCGCAGUUAUGGACGAGAAUAAUCAGCCUUUGCUCACUGAGCGUGAAAUCAUUCGCAACCUUCAAGCUAUUGUCAACGACGCCGACAGAUGGUCACGACGCGAAGUAGCUCAAAACUCAGUGGGCGUACUCUCAACCGAGAACCGCAAAACAUGGUCGAAGAUCCGGACAACGAUUUCUUCAGAGAAACACAACGCAGACUGUCUUGAGAUGGUCGACAAGGCGUUGUUCAUCGUCUGCCUUGACGACAACGCGGAUUUGAAGGACAAUCUAGGUCAACUAUGUGCAAACUUCCUUUGCGGUACAUAUGGACUUGAAGACGGGGUCCAAGUGGGCACAUGCGUCAACAGAUGGUAUGAUAAGCUUCAGAUCAUCGUGUGUAGUGAUGGUGCGGCGGGGAUCAACUUUGAGCAUACCGGUGUAGAUGGCCAUACUGUACUAAGAUUUGCCGCCGAUAUUUUCACGGAGGGAUUGAUGCUACUCGCGCGUUCAAUCAAUCCAUCUGCACCUACAUUGUUCCACGCUUCGCUUUCGCCAUACGCCAAGUCGUACAAGCCAGCUAAAGGAGAGAAGAAGCCGGAACGUAAAGAUGCUAUGGAUACUGCACCCAAGAAGCUUGACUGGAACCUUACGCCCGAGCUUCGUGUUAACAUCAGGUUCGCAGAGACCAGACUCAGCGACUUGAUAUGUCAGAAUGAUUGUGAAGCACUGGAGUUCAAAGGAUACGGGAAGAAUUUUAUCACAAGUCACGGUUUUAGUCCCGAUGCCUUCGUACAAAUGGCUUUUCAGGCGGCUUAUUUCGGGCUCUACGGUCGAAUUGAAUGUGUCUACGAGCCGGCGAUGACUAAGGCAUUCCUACAUGGGCGCACGGAAGCGAUAAGAUCCGUCCAACCCGAGAGUGUCAAUUUCACCAAGACUUUCUACUCCGAUGCCUCUGUUUCGGAGAAAGUCGGCGCUCUCCGUAAAGCCUGCGAGAGACACGUCAAAUUGACCAAAGAAUGUAGUCAAGGUCUCGGACAAGAUCGGCAUCUUUACGCGUUAUACUGUCUUCAACGACGGAUGAACGAUGGUUCUCUCGAUUCGCCUGAUACGGCAGGGUCAAGCGAUGAAAACGAAAGCCUCUCGGACGGUUCUCCGAGGUCUGACAUAUCGGAGGUUGCCAGGAGAAUUCGGAAGAUGACGCCUAGGAUCUUCACUGAUCCUGGCUGGGAGUUGUUGAACACAUCGAUCUUAUCGACUUCGAACUGUGGAAAUCCCGCGUUGAGGCUGUUUGGAUUUGGGCCUGUCUCCCCGGACGGGUUCGGAAUUGGGUAUAUCAUCAAGGAUGAAGCGCUUUCUGUCUGUGCAUCAUCAAAACAUCUACAGACGAGAAGGUUCCUUGAUACGCUCAAAGGAUACUUGUACGAUAUUCAGAGGACGAUAAGUCAGUUACACCGAGCUGCAAAUGAGCCUCCGACGCCAUUUGUCGAUCAUGCUGGCAUCUUGAGAGAUUCGAAAACGGGUAGACCGGUCAAUGGGUCUAGUUCGGAUGACGAUGACGAUUAUGAAAGUAUUGUUUUGCCUGAAUAUUCCUUCUUUGGGAGCGCUGACGUCGAACUUGUGGACAAGAGGAAGCGGAAGGGAGCGAGAGGGUAUUCUAAUAUCGGCAAAGUCAUUCCAAUUGCUGAAUACUGAGGCACGGGGGUUGGCUGAAGAUUCCGGUGUCUGGACCGAUUUUAAUCAUCUUUUUGUACGUUAUAAAUCUGUAAUAGGAUUCUGGAUGAAGAUAAAAACCCGUC